CCGGCCGCCGACUUCUCGCCCUGCCCGCUCGCCUCGCUCCUGCGCGGGCGGAAAGCGGCGCCUCGCCGCCCAGAGGAUUGUCCCCGGCGUGGCUUCGCAUCCUCGGUCACUUUUUGAGAUUUUCCGGGGGGCGCUCGGCGGCUUCCCGGGUUCCUGGGGGACUCGCCGCUGAGCGUGGGGGCCGCGGAGCGGGCGAGCCGGGAAGGCGCCCGGGCUUAGCGGAGGCUCGCACGGAGGCAAGAACUUAUUCAACAAGUUUACCCCUGGCUUUCCUCUUUUCGAUGUGCGUUUUCGGACAUGCGGAGGUUACUGGAACCGUGUUGGUGGAUUUUGUUCCUGAAAAUCACCAGUUCCGUGCUCCAUUAUGUCGUGUGCUUCCCGGCAUUGACUGAAGGCUACGCUGGGGCCCCGCAGGACAGCAGACACGGCGGCUCCGUGCAGAUCCGCAGGCGCAAAGCUUCUGGUGACCCGUACUGGGCCUACUCAGGUGCCUAUGGCCCUGAGCACUGGGUCACGUCCAGCGUCAGCUGCGGAGGCCACCACCAGUCCCCCAUCGACAUCGAAGACCAUCAUGCGCGCGUCGGAGAAGAGUACCAGGAGCUGCAACUCGACGGCUUUGGCAAUGAGUCUUCUAACAAAACCUGGAUGAAGAACACAGGGAAAACAGUUGCCAUCCUUCUGAAAGAUGACUAUUUCGUCAGUGGUGCUGGCCUGCCGGGCAGAUUCAAAGCGGAGAAGGUGGAGUUUCACUGGGGCCACAGCAAUGGCUCUGCUGGCUCAGAACACAGUGUCAAUGGCAGAAGAUUUCCUGUGGAGAUGCAGAUUUUCUUUUACAAUCCAGAUGACUUUGACAGCUUUCAAACUGCAAUUUCUGAGAACAGAAUAAUUGGAGCCAUGGCCAUAUUUUUUCAAGUCAGUCCGAGGGACAAUUCUGCACUGGAUCCUAUUAUCCAUGGGUUGAGGGGCGUCGUACAUCAUGAGAAGGAGACCUUCUUGGACCCUUUCGUCCUCCGGGACCUCCUGCCGGCAUCCCUGGGCAGCUACUACCGGUACACCGGUUCUCUGACCACCCCUCCGUGUAGUGAAAUCGUGGAGUGGAUCGUCUUCCGGAAGCCUGUACCCAUCUCUUAUCACCAGCUCGAGGCGUUUUACUCCAUCUUCACCACCGAGCAGCAAGACCACGUCAAGUCGGUGGAGUACCUGAGAAAUAACUUCCGACCACAGCAGGCCCUGAAUGACAGGGUGGUGUCCAAGUCCGCUGUCCACGAUGCCUGGAACCACGACAUGGCAGACUUCUUAGAAAACCCACUGGGGACAGAAGCCUCGAAAGUUUGCAGCUCUCCGCCCAUCCACAUGAAGGUGCAGCCCCUGAACCAGUCGGCGCUGCAGGUGUCCUGGAGCCAGCCAGAGACCAUCUACCACCCCCCUAUCAUGAACUACAUGAUCUCCUACAGCUGGACCAAGAACGAGGACGAGAAGGAGAAGACAUUCACGAAGGACAGCGACAAAGAAUUGAAAAUGUUUUCAGACAGCUCACUUCUAUGUGGAAGACAGCAAUUCACCUCGGGUGGUCCCUAAUGAAAGUAUUCCUAUUAUUCCUAUUCCGGAUGACAUGGAAGCCAUUCCUGUCAAACAGUUUGUUAAACACAUUGGUGAGCUAUAUUCCAAUAAUCAGCAUGGGUUCUCCGAGGAUUUUGAGGAAGUGCAGCGCUGUACGGCUGAUAUGAACAUCACUGCAGAACAUUCCAAUCAUCCAGACAACAAGCACAAAAACAGAUACAUCAACAUUUUAGCAUAUGAUCACAGUAGGGUGAAGUUAAGACCUUUACCAGGAAAAGACUCUAAGCACAGCGACUACAUUAAUGCAAACUAUGUUGAUGGUUACAACAGAGCAAAAGCCUACAUUGCCACCCAGGGACCUUUAAAGUCUACAUUUGAAGAUUUCUGGAGGAUGAUUUGGGAACAAAAUACUGGAAUCAUUAUCAUGAUUACAAACCUUGUGGAGAAAGGAAGACGAAAAUGUGAUCAGUAUUGGCCAACAGAGAACAGUGAGGAAUAUGGAAACAUUAUUGUCACACUGAAGAGCACAAAAGUACAUGCCUGCUAUACUGUUCGUCGUUUUUCAGUCAGAAAUACAAAAGUGAAGAAGGGCCAAAAGGGAAAUCCCAAGGGCCGUCAGAAUGAAAGAGUAGUGAUCCAGUACCACUACACUCAGUGGCCUGACAUGGGAGUUCCUGAGUAUGCUCUCCCGGUCCUGACCUUUGUGAGGAGAUCCUCAGCCACCAGGACGCCAGACAUGGGCCCUGUGUUGGUACACUGCAGUGCUGGUGUGGGCAGGACAGGCACUUACAUUGUAAUAGACAGCAUGCUACAGCAAAUAAAAGACAAAAGCACAGUUAAUGUCCUGGGAUUCCUGAAGCAUAUCAGGACACAGCGCAACUACCUCGUCCAGACUGAGGAGCAGUAUAUUUUCAUCCAUGAUGCCUUGCUGGAGGCCAUUCUUGGGAAUGAAACUGAAGUAUCUUCAAAUCAGCUGCAUAGCUAUGUUAACAGCAUCCUUAUUCCUGGAGCAGGAGGAAAGACACGACUGGAGAAACAAUUCAAGCUCGUCACACAGUGUAAUGCAAAAUACGUGGAAUGCUUCAGUGCUCAAAAAGAGUGUAACAAAGAAAAGAACAGAAACUCUUCAGUCGUGCCAUCUGAGCGAGCUCGAGUGGGUCUUGCACCUUUGCCUGGAAUGAAAGGAACAGAUUAUAUAAAUGCUUCUUACAUCAUGGGAUAUUACAGGAGCAAUGAAUUUAUUAUAACCCAGCAUCCUCUGCCACAUACUACGAAAGAUUUCUGGCGAAUGAUUUGGGAUCAUAAUGCACAGAUCAUUGUGAUGCUGCCAGACAACCAGAGCUUGGCAGAAGAUGAGUUUGUCUAUUGGCCAAGUCGAGAAGAAUCCAUGAACUGUGAGGCUUUUACUGUCACCCUUAUCAGCAAAGACAGACUGUGCCUCUCUAAUGAAGAACAAAUUAUCAUCCAUGACUUUAUCCUUGAGGCAACACAGGAUGACUAUGUCCUAGAAGUGCGGCACUUCCAGUGUCCCAAAUGGCCUAACCCAGAUGCCCCCAUAAGCAGCACCUUUGAACUGAUCAAUGUCAUCAAGGAAGAGGCCUUAACACGGGAUGGCCCCACCAUUGUUCAUGAUGAAUAUGGAGCAGUUUCAGCAGGAAUGUUAUGUGCCCUUACCACCCUGUCCCAGCAACUAGAGAAUGAAAAUGCAGUGGAUGUUUUCCAGGUUGCAAAGAUGAUCAAUCUUAUGAGACCAGGAGUAUUCACAGACAUUGAACAAUACCAGUUUGUCUAUAAAGCAAUGCUCAGCUUGGUCAGCACUAAAGAAAAUGGAAAUGGUCCCAUGGCAGUGGACAAAAAUGGUGCUGUUCUAAUUGCAGAUGAAUCAGACCCUGCAGAGAGUAUGGAGUCUCUUGUGUGACUAGAAUUCUGAAAGGGAACUUCUUUGUAGACUUCUGAAGACUGAAAACUUUCUUGAGGCCUUUUUUGCCAGACUCUAGGUUAUACAAUAACCCAGUUACUUUUUUACACUGAUAAAAGUUUUGAUAUUUAUUUUUUGCCAUUUUAUGUCUUAAUGGUAUCCUACCAAGCAUUUGCACCUCUGUUCAUUUCACACGGUGAAACACAAUUUUAUCUAGUUUGCACUAUAUGAUCAGUGUUACUGCCUAUAAUCCAAUUACUAAAGCAAAUCCCAAUGUGACAUUCCAUGACAACAUUCAUGCUACCUUUUUGUUCAGUACAGUGAAAGUCUUUGCUAUGACAGUGAGUCUUGAUUUUAUUACUAUUGCUGAAGCAGUUACAUUCUACUAGCAGGCAGUGUACUUUUCCUUAGUCCUCCCCUCCCGUUUUUAGGCACUGUUCAAGACUGUAUGCCUUCUGUACUUUAAUGGAGUGGAGGAGCAUUGUUUUCUUUUACAGAAUACUAGGUUGUUGGGAGCUACUCAGAAGGUCUAUCAACAUCAUGGCCUUGAAAGAGUUCCAUUUAUGAUGGUUAAGAGAUCCAUUAGGAAAUUAGAAGGCUUGGACUGCUUCAUGUAAACAUCUCUUAUUAGUUACAAAGUUAUAUUCAGAGCUUUUAAAAAUGUGUCAAAAUAAAGGAUAACUCUGUAUUACAGCUUUCACAGUAGCUAUGUGGACAGUGUGUGUUAUUUACAUUUAACUUCCUGAAAUAGCUAUCCCCUAAAUGCAGGGCUACCUUUUAUAAUAGAGACAUGGCAAUAUUUUACAUAAUUCAGUCAUAAGACCCAUUAGUCAAUCUCCACUAAUGCUUCUUGCUUUAUAAUACUGUACCUCACAGACAAUGAAGUAGGAUAAUGAAGAAUUUUGCAGCUGUCUACUCUUGAAACUAGCCCUCUAAAAGUUCCCCACUACUGAUGCAGCAAUCUGAUAAAAAUUACCUAUCUACUUAACAUUCUUUUCUCUCCUUUUCUGCCAAAUAUUUCCUAAUAAAUCUCUUAAUUUCAUUCAUUCUUCUACUUAAAAUUAAGCUGAAAAUAACGUAUUAGCAAAAGUCUUGGGAAUACUGAAACUCCCACAUGAGUAGGUCUUAUUGGAAAUGAGAGAAUUAAGCAAUUAGAAAACUGAAUAAAAGUUGAUGUCUGCAUUUUCAAGUAGUUUUUAAAAGGAGAUAGCUCUCAAUGCUUUUGGGUAGUUAAGCAUCAACCACAGAUAAACCUUGGUAAAAGAUGCCAGCAAUCAUCAGAGAGCCUAAGGAAGUUACUUGGUCCAACCUCUGGAGCCGCGUUAGGCGUACAGUACAGAAGGGGACAGUUAGGAGACCGGACUCAGUAGAGUUUGCUAGCAAUGUAAACUCCUUGCUGAGGUCUGUUACUUCAGUUGCAUGUCUGCUUUCAUGGGUCAGCCGCUGGCAUCACCAGAACAGCCCCAUUAAGAAUAACAGGGUUUGGCUUCUGUUUAUGCCCCAAACCUCAACAAAAUGGCCACAGUGGCUGCUGUCAUACUUUCUGGGUAGACAGGAAACCAUGGGUGGUGAUGAGCAUGGAAAGUCUAUGUUGUGUGGCUUCCGUGAAGUUUGUUGGUGCGAUGCUGGAGGCCCAGAGUCGUAAGGAGAAUGGGUCCACAGGCCCAUUCCACGUCAAUGCACUGAUGAGGUUGAGUUUCAUGGACUACAUAAUUUACCAGGGUUACUGUCAUCCUUUCAUCAUGCAGAUUCCACAAUAUGGAAUAGUCUGCUUUUCAAGAACUGUGUAGGCCAGGCUUAAGCAAAGACAUUCAAGUGAGCAGGUUUGUCAAGCUGCAUAUGCUAGAUGACACGGACACCUUUACAGCCCAACAGCUCUCAUCAGAAGUGAUGCUCCACCUAGCACAAGGAAAGCUUGGUCACAGGAGAACUGCAGCUGCUGAAGGCUGAGAGGUACUGGGAAGGGAAAGGCAAGAGCUAGGUUUUUUAGUCAAUUAAGUAGAUUAGAUGUGUAGAUGCUGUGCACCUGACUGAAAUGAACUAAUGCCUUUGCAUAGAUGGCAUAGUGGCCUUGACAUUUUUGACAUUUUCCCAGUAAAAUUUGAGUUGUAGCUUGUGGUAGAAGUAUUCUGAGGGCUCAGUUCAUGGAAAUGCAUACCCUCCAACUCGGUUCUGUGACUGUCUCUUACACAAGUAUGUGAGUGAUGAGGAAGAAAGACAGCUAGUAAGUAGGAUAAAACAUAAUAAAGGUGACUUAGAAGUCUCUGUAAGAUUAAUCCACAGAUCCUAACCCACUGAGCUAUAAGCAGCUGCUCUUGGCCCAUCUUGCCAAAGUGGUCUAGACAUACUUCACUGAGGAGUCACAUUCAGCAGUUCCUUGCUUUCACCACAGAGUGUGUCCUCACUGUUAGUAUUCGUUUUUGGAAAAAAUAUGCUUGCAUCUUUCCAGAAGCAGAGAGUUCCAAAAGUAGUAUUUUUUUUUUUUUUUUGAGACACAGGCACAUUGCUUAAGGUUAUACUGAGGUCACUACCAUUUGCAUUCAUAGGGAAAGUAAGUAGCUAUCUUAAGUUCACAUGUGCAGGUUUACAGAAUAUGUUGACUAUAUGGAUUUAGCACUAGGUAAGCAGAAUGCACACAUCAUACAAAAUUGCAGUGAUGAGAACAGGUGGUCACACUGGACAUCAAGGACAUCUUGUUGCCAUGAGAGUUGUUAUACCCCUUAGGUAUGAUGCCGUCUUUUAUAGUUAAACAGUUCACUUCUCAAGUUCAAGAAGAAUAAGAUGACUUGAUUUUCCUACUUCUUAACACAGUGGGGCAUUUAGAGUCCAUUUCAAGUAGAAGAGUCCAGUAAAUCCAAAGAAGGAUUAUGGUGUUCUAGGAGUGGCUGUUGGAGUUUUUAGCCCAGAGUGACACUGAAAUCAAUCAGGAACCUUAAUUGUUUUAUAAUGACAGCACAACUGCCUUGAUAAGACUUUUCUUAAAUGCAUAUAUAUUUAAAAUUAAAAUAUACAUACCAAUUUACCAAAGAUAGAUAGUACUAAUUUUAAGCAAAAAAUGACAAGAGGAACCCAAACAUAAUUUAAGAGAAAAUAAUCAAAAUGUAGUUGUCUUAAGAAUUUAGUGGUUAUACUGGAAAAUGCAUUUCAAUUUUAAAACUUUCUGUUCAAAUGGUGCCAGUGAAUUUUCCUAUGAAGGGAAAAAUGCCUGCUUUUUUUUUUUUUUUUUUUUUUUUUUAGGAGCUAUGAUUUCACGUAACCUUUUGCACUUUCCCUUAGUUGCUAUUUAACAUACAGUGUCAGCUUUACUUGUCUCUAGGAAGAAGGCAUGCUACAAAACUAGGGAGGAAUUGUGAAAAAUAUCUGGCCUCUAUUUGUCUUAGCUGUUAAAUUAUUUUUAGUGUUUUUGUUAAAUAUUUGCAAAGAAAAGCAUUUUCUACAGAGGAUUAUUAAUUUCAAGAAAAAUAUCUUGAGUUUUAAGAAAUAAACAUCUCCAAAAAAGGAGACAGUCAAUUUUGUAAAAUGUCGCAACUCUCCAACAUUUGGGGUAGUGACUCCUUUUUGUUAAGACAUUUGAAACUAGCAAGCAGCCAUUGUUUCUAAAGAAUUCAGCCUUCAUGUCGACUCGUUUCUUUAACUUCGUUUUGAAAUAGCUGAAGUCAUUAAAACUGUAAAUAUUUUGUUGCUUGGGUCAGCAUCUUCUGGGAACUUUGUAUCUAUGGUAUAUAAUCAUAGAAUUUUAUAUUUUCAUAUAAAGCUAAGUUUUUUCUAGUUUCAGCUCCAUCAUAGUUUUCUUGUUUUCUGUUGCUUUUUCUUUCUGUGGUGGCUAUGUGAAUUCAACUUUCUGUGUACUGAGAUAGAAAGAACCAUCUUUGCAUUCCGAAAGAAUCCAACAUGUGUUAUUCUUUGAGGCAGUGAUUGUGACUGUUGGGCUUUCUUUCUAAUUCCACUGACCAUUUGUGCAAUAGCAGUUAGGCAUAAUUAGUCACUGAACACAUUUGUCACAUUGACCCCUUUGGAAAAGGUGAUUUUUUUAUUUGUUUGGGGCGGGAGGGGUUUUGUAACCUGAACUUUUUUCCCUUUUUCUUCUGUUUGAAACUAUAUCAAAUCAUUCUAUUAUAGUGUUAUUUAAUAUGUAAAUUGUAUUGCUAUACAUAAAAUAAAGUAUGGUUUUUGAUGUA